GUUUUCUUGGACCAAGUUUCGUUUCAAGCACAGGCCAGCUUCCCUUGGGAGAGUGUUUGAUGACUAAGCACAAGAGACUGUCUCUUGGGAGAAGCUGAUCACUUGAUUCUGCACGUGAGGCCAGUAUCAAACACGCGCCCGGGCCGUAGGGGUCUUGGACCCUGCCGAAAGGGAUGAAUGGAAAGUUUCAGCCGCGCUGUCAAUAGGAAAGCGUGGUUCUCAAAGGGUGAGAUGAUGUGAAGCUCAUAUCGUACCAUGAACUGGAAGCCCUCAAUUACAUCGUCGACGAAAUAAAACAUUGCGUGUGUGAAAUUGGUGGCGGAGCUUCCAACCACACGUCCGAUUCUCAUCACAGCCCACCCGUAUCCGUCUUACAAGCAAGGGAGUGAGUGAGUGAGUGAGUGAUCGCAGGGAGAACCAGAUACUGUUGUAAACAGAAAGCACACAACAAACAAAACCAUCGAGAAUCCAAGCAACAACAAGAUCACCGGCAACAACAGAGAGGGAGAGAGAAAGAAGCAUAAUCAUAAUGGACCCGAAUAUCUCGGCAUCCGCUCUGGGUGAGCCACACCACCUGGGCAUCGGCUUCUACCUCCUCCCCUUCGCCACGUUCCUCUGCUUCCUCGUCCCGGUCCUCUACAUCUUCCCCCCGAUCCCGGCCACCACCAGCGACGCCCUACGCUCAACCCACACCAAGAUUGGCGUCUCGCCGCCAAAGAGCAACCUCCGGGACCAGUACUCCGUCAAGGCCGACGCCGGCAGCACCUCCAAUGCCGGCACCGGCACCGGCACCGGGCCCGUCGCCCGGGUCAAGGCGCUCUGCGUCUACCCCAUCAAAUCAUGCCGCGGCAUCGAAGUGACCCGGAGCAAGCUCCUCCCGACGGGCCUGGAAUUCGACAGGCUGUACACUUUCGCGCAGCUCAAGUCCCGCUUCCCGGCCGCCGUGGACGACUCGGCCGAGGCGAAAGACGAGCACACCUGGGAAUUCGUCACGCAGCGCCAAUUUCCUCUCCUCGCGACCAUCAAGGUAGACGUCUACGUGCCCGACGCGACCAAGUCCACAGUCUUCAUGGAGAAGUCGUCCGACGCGUGGAUCGUGAUGCGGUUCCCCUGGCGGGAACCCGGGUUCCGGGGCACCAUGUCGUGGGUGGCGUCCAAGAUCCGGGACGGAUGGAGGGGGCAGCCGGAGAUGGAGGUGCUGUUGCCCGUCGAGUUCCCGACGGACGCGGAGAUUGCGGAGCGCGGGUACACGCGCGAGGACGUCAAGGUGUGGAAGGAGGUCGUGCCGGCUCUGAAUAUGGACAAGGAGUUGCCGGGGGAGCUGUGUCGGUACCUGGGGGUGAGCAACAAGCUGGCGCUGUUCCGGGUCGAUCCGGGGCAGUUGAGGGAGGUGUAUCGGUGUGCGCCGCGGAAGGAGGAGGCUGGGUAUCAACCUAUUGUUGGGUUCCAGGAUGCUUAUCCUCUCCAUAUCAUGAACAUUAGCAGUCUCCAGGACUUUGACGCCAAGGUCCCCAAGGACGACGAGCUCAAGCAUCUCGACGUCAGGAGGUUCCGGUCCAACAUCAUUGUCUCUGGUGCGCCAGCCUACGACGAGGAAUCAUGGAAAUGGGUCAACUUCACCCAGGGCACCUCAAAGGUCACCGUCCCGGCAAAGUUCCAAGUCUCGUGCCGUACAGUCCGCUGCAAAAUGCCAAAUGUCGACCCAGUAACCGGCGCCCGCCACGGCGCCGAACCAGACAGGUCCCUCCGCAAGCUCCGCGACGUCGACGAGGGCGCCCCGCGCAUGGGGUGCCUGGGCAUGCAAAUGUGCCCGCUCUUCGAGGGCACCGACCGCGUCGAGUACAUGCAGGCCUGGCUCGAGGUCGGCAUGGACGUCUCCGUGCUGGAGCGCGGCGAGCACGUGUACAUCAAGCAGUGAAAAUCCAGGCCAUUCAUCUCGAUCUUAGUCCUGGAGAAGAAGAAAGAAUAUCUGGGCAGCGGCUGAUGAGGCAAUUUGGCGCUGCUGAGGAGAGAUGAGUGGUUGGAUUUUCGUCUUGCUUGAUUAUGGUGUGUGAAAUGGCAUAAUAGACAUAGACUUCAAUCACACGCAGAAGGAGAGAACGUUAUAGGUUAAGACCAGGA